GCUUAAAUUCUUAAAGAAAUUAUAUUGAAGAACUUAUUUACAAGUGAUUUGCAUUUUUCAGGUGAGGACUUUGUGUAAAAAACUUUUGUAAAUACUGUGUGAGUACAUAUAAAGUAAGGACAUGAACUUACGGGUCCUAGAGAUGGGCUCUUCCUGGCUUGUCCUAGUCUGAGGUUAACUAAUUUCUUGUCCUCAUUUGAACCUUGACCUCUGACCCCUUCAACAAGGAUGGACAGUGAUAACCAUUCAAACAGGAAUGAUGUAUGGACGCCACCAGAGUCGACCCAGGGGCCGCGUUACUCACAGGAAGUGGGCGUGGUCUAUACAUCAGGAUCUGCAUCCUAUGCUGCAUCAGCAUCGACGGCCUACGCUUCGUCUUCAGCCACAUCAACACGAGUCUCUGCCCCAAAUUACUCGCGCCUACAGUAUGGAGCACCUUAUUCACAAAGCAGGGUGCCAUUUCCAGAUGCUUACAUUUCCCCGUCAGACCCCCAGGCGUUUCAGGCCCCCCAGUCAUCAUAUGAGCGUAUCUCGCCAGUGAAUGAAUACCGGGAGAUACGAGAAGUCCCCUCAGGCAGCGAUCCCAUUUCUUCCUAUUCAGGAAUGCAGGCCGAGGCAUCAAGCAUGUUGACAGCGCCAUCUGUUGACAGCAGUACACUGGGUCCAGGUUACAAUGUUUCCCAUGUUGUCAUGAACUCGGACCAUCAGCGUGUGAUGGCAGUACAGAGAGUGAUCUCCCCUGUGGACUGUACUGUCAGCCAAUCAGCAAUGGCUAACCAAGACCAACAACAUCAGACCCACACCCUUUUGGCACCCGUGACAAGUGUUGCACGGUAUCCCGUUGGUCAGGUGACUUCGAUGCCAUCAUACUCCCACAGUGAGGCGGUGUCUUCUACAGGAGGGUCGUCACUCCUUUCUCACGGACACAGCAGUCACCUGGUUGAGAGGGAACAAGACAACGGAAUUUCUUCUAUCACGGGACCGCCAACACAGGAACGGCGUAUGAUAUCGUCCACCCCCCGCAAGACCACACAUGAGACUAUUAGUGGCGAGCCCGAUACUACCCAGGAUGAUGGCGAGGAAUUCCAAGCUGUGAGGAAUUACAUGGUGGAUGCCUCGCCAAACCUGGAUGACACAGAACUCCAUUCAACCAUGACCCAGUCCCAUCAUCCGACCUCUGACCUUAUGGAUCACAAUCAUUCAAUCAACUCAUCACAUUUAUCCAGUUCUCUUCAUCACUCUCUGAGCCAGACCAGGAUGGACAAUGUCCAGGAUCGAGGCAUUGUCGACAGCUCGGGAAUAGGGUCAUCAUCCAUUGUAGAGGGACCUUCCGCUUUGAUGAGUGUGGCUACCCUACAGCGCCUUGGGACGUCCCUUGUCUCUAGCAUCGACCCCGACAAAGACAUGUCAGAAAUGGAAAUCAUCCCGGGGCCAAGCGGUUCUCAGAUGCAGGUACGAAAGUCCUCCAGGAUAGCAGACUUGGAAAAUGAAACUACACACUGGCAUCAUAGACCUACGUACAACCCGAAACCCUACAACCCAAAUAGUUUAUGGUGUGAGGAGUGUAUGAUGACCUAUGAACCGUCCUGCCCCAUACAUCGACUACAGGUUAUACCUGACAAGGUGGUCCUGUCCCGCGCCUGGGCCAGUCUCCCGCCCAUGUUACAAAUAUUUCGACUCAGCGAGGACAAUCAGUAUCCUCCCGAUCCGCCCCACGUUGGAGUAUUUGCCAAGCGUCCUCUGACCAAGCUGACUCAAUUUGGUCCCUACAUUGGGGACCUGGUUCCCAACAGAGAGAGUGCAGGCACGACCCGAUUUCUCCUCCUGCUGGAGAAAGUUGGUGGGGACAUCAUGUACUUUGAGACGAGUGACGAGAAUAAGUGUAACUGGAUGAUGUUCGUGAGGCCGGCCGAGACCUACGCAGAACAAAACAUGGUGGCGUAUCAGUACGGCCAAGACAUCUACUUCAGUGUCACCAAAAAUAUAGAGACUCGUGGAGAGCUCAAGGUGUGGUACGCGUCUCACUAUGCUGAAAGGUUUGGUCUGCAGACGUUAGAGAUCACAGAUCAGGACUUACAAACUCUAGAUCAACAGGAAUACAAGUAUCAGUGCUAUGACUGCUCCAAACGCUUCAAAACGUCCCUGGCCCUUCAGCGACACAUCAUCGUGUCACAUGACACAUUGGGGCCUGCAGAUGAUUCCGUAGAGCCAAGUACUAGUGAGAUCCCCAGAGGGAAAUCCUAUUCAUUCAGCCAAGGGUACCUGAAGAGGAGGGGACGACCUCCCAAAAAGGACCUGGAUACUACUGGGUAUAUGUGGAAGAAAAAAUCAACAAGUAUUUACCUGAACAAGACAUUAAAGAAAUACCAGCGCCGUCAUGACCCGGAAGCAAUUCGGCGUACGAUCCAGUCCUUGUACCGUAAGAAGGGCAAGGAAUCUGGCGGGCAGGAGUGGGUGUGUGUUCACUGUGACCUGACCUUCGACAACUCUAAUCUCCUUAAUCUUCACACGCUUACACAUGCAGCGGAGGACGUCGGCUUAGACGAGGUCAGAAAAUUUGCAUAUGGUGUCGCAGACGACGGUUCAGUCGCAGGCGGUGUUGGGUUGGACGAGAACAUUGUCAGUAUUGACUCCAGCACACUGGCAUGUCCCGUGUGUCAUGCACAGUUUGUGGAGCAGAGGGCACUUAUUGAACACGCUGCUGAACAUGGCACAACAAAACGCAGAAGUGAACGAGAACGACCGCAUAAAUGUGACAAGUGCUGGAAAGCGUUCCACACACAGGAGACACUUCAGCGCCACAUGUUGUGUCACGGUGACGAAGACUCAAAACCACUUCAGUGUGAUGUUUGCUUCAAGCGAUUCAUGAACAAUUCAGCACUUUCCUGUCACCUGAAGACUCACAGUGACAAGAAAUAUUACCAGUGUCCAAUCUGUCAUCAAGGCUUCGAUCACACAGCCACAAUGAAGGAGCAUGUUGUUGAACAUGAACAGGAUGGUGUCUACACUUGUCCCAACUGUCUCAAACAGUUCACUGACUUCAUAUCUCUACGGAAGCACAUUCGGGGUUUCCACACUAAUAAAGAGUUCCCCUGUCCUCAUUGUGACAAAAUCUUCCCGCGUCCUGACAAACUUAAACUUCACAUGCUUCGUCACUCUACGCACCGCGAAUUCAUGUGCGAAACAUGUGGUCGACAGUUUAAGAGGAAAGACAAGCUGAAGGAACACAUUCGUCGCAUGCACUCACUGGAGCGCGAAGUGAAAAUGGCUUGCAGAAACAGGUCAUCAAAAAAGAAAUUUAUCCCUAAAGUUUUACCAUCCGAUUAUCACCGGUUUAUUUACAAGUGUCACACAUGUAUGCAUGGCUUUAAACGCAGAGGGAUGUUGGUCAACCAUUUAGCCAAGCGUCACCCGGAUGUCAAACCAGAGACUGUACCAGAGUUAAACUUGCCGAUUCUGAAGACACAGAAGGAUUACUAUUGCCAGUACUGCGAAAAGGUUUACAAAUCAAGCUCAAAACGCAAAGCUCACAUCAUCAAGAACCACCCUGGGGCAGACCUGCCAAUGAGCAGCAGGAAAAAGUCCAUGGUUCCAGAGUUUCCUGGAUUACCCAAUCCUACAUACUCACAGACUGUUGGUAGUAUCACUACAAUGCCACAUUCAUGUGAGUUCUGUCACAAACAGUAUGCCAGCAAAGCCAAACUGACCCAGCACCAGAGGAAGAAACAUCCAUUUGCAGUUCCUCCUCUGCCUCCAAAGUUGGGCAAAGACGGUCAAAUGUCAGAUCCGCAGGCCCAGCCCAACCAGGAUGGUAUGAUAACUCAGGUGGUAAGAUACGACCAGGACACUGUGAUAGCAAUACAGCCCCAUCCUGGUCAAGAUGGUCAGCCAGCUGACCUCUUAACCCAGGCGAUGAGUGAGUUGACCCAGUCACUCCAGCAGGAGUACCGCCAGAUGGGCGAGAUUCAGCUCCAGCGGGUUGCUACGGGUGCCCCUACCAUGGUGACUGUCCAGACUGCGCCCCUUCAACAUUCAACCAUAGAGCUGAGUCACCUCAGCCAGGCCCUGCCACAAGGCAUCACCCUAGCAACGCCCAUACAGAUGGCCGUUGCCACGCAGAGUCUCUCUGCUGCUCCUGCCCCUGCUCCCUCCGAUAGUGACAUCCAGGCAGGCCAGGUAAUCACGUCCCAGAAUGUGACUGUCACACAACAACAGCAAGUCAUCAAUGCACCACAGGCCAUCGUAGUCAGCGGUGCCCAAGGCCAGACUACUACUAUCCCAGUCUCCCUGGCAACAGGCUUUAUACAGAGGGCAUGGACAAACUUCAAUUAAUGAUGCUUGGUUCAUAAUGCAAUCAUGUUAUUAAGCUUCAAAAAGUGAAAGCUGGGGUUCAUACAAAUGGCAUGAUAUGAUGAAACUUUAAGCAGGACAAAUUUCGAAAACUUUCGUGCUGCAAAGUUCAAUUUGUAUACUUGGACAAAAUGCACCAUGUACCUGUCUUCUAGGUUCAUAUUGCAGACUUUCACUUGAAACUGUGUGGUUAUAGAUUCAUAGUGCUUUCCUUUAAGCAGACACAAAGCUGACAACCAGAGAGAGACCCAAGGUUAGGUGUGAUUGUAUUACAUCUACUAUAUCUCCUCUUUAUAAGAUGGAUAAAGAAUCAUCCUGGGCACUAAAAAAGGUGAUUUAGUUAUAGACUGAUGAAUUCCAAGGUAGACCUUCGAAAUCUAAAUUAAUUCUGGAGAAUUAUUAUGAUUAUGUCAUAUAAUUAAUAUAACAUCUAAUUCUUUUUACUGAUUUCCAUCAGUAUACUUGUAGUCAGUCAAACAUGUUUUAUUAAAAAACAAUCAAAAAAGAUUGUACACAAGAUCUGAACUUACUUAUAUAUUAAGCCCUCUCUGGUAUUGUCAUGCAUUUUACCGACAUAAAGUAUAUAUGUAUCCUGUCGAUUGAAUGUAAGUAACUACCGUAGGUACAAAAGGUAAAAAUCACUGCUGUCUCUUUAACUGGUAUUUGUCUGUAAUUAACUUCAUUGCUUGGUAGAAGGUUAACACUGUUGUUACUUCAAUUUACUGUUAAGCUGCCUGUAAGUUGGGGUAGGGAUACAAGUGAGAGAGACUGACUCAAUAUAGGGUAGGGAUAGGGGAGAAAGAAGGGCUGCAACGAUGUAUAUUGUAUUGUGUAUCGAUACUUUCUCGUGUAAUGUACCAAAUUGUUUUGUUGGCCUGUAUCGUGAAAUACUAACAGUACUUGAAUUUUCAAUGAAUUUUUAUCAAACUCUUAAAAGGUGUUCUUAUAUUUUCUUUCUCCAGUGAAGAUUUGGUCCACUGUACAGUCGUGUCCAAAAGUACUAGAAAUUAUACAAAAAUAUAUUUCAGUAGUAUUUACUAUAUUGAACUCUAUGACAAAACUCUAUAAAAUCCUGCACUCAAUCAUUAUGAAGAUAUUUGUAUCGUGAUAUGUAUCAUAUUGUAAGCAUCAUACCGCGUUACGUAUAUAGGUAUUGUAUCGUGAGAUAUGCGUGUCGUUGCAGUCCAAGGAGAAAGACAGUUUGCCUAUGGAGGUUUUCAACUGGAUGAAGGCAGUUGACUUGUUUUUCUUCGGAAACAAUUUGUGCUUAUGUGUAAAGAGGGCUGUAAUUGUAUAUUACGAAUUAUUAAAACAGUGAAAUAUUCCUCCAAAUAUUGAAAAAAAAUAUUAGCCUUCUGUUUACUGUAUACAAGGAAAUUUUUCGAUUUUCUGCCCUAGGCAAUGAGUUUGAAUUUAUCAUGACUGAAUAUUAGUACACAACAUACCAUAUAUGCACAGGCUUUUGUUUCUGUCAAUACAAAUAGUCCUAACAAAAAAAAAUAUGUGUAGGGUAUGAUUUUCUUUUGUCAGGACUUUUUUUAUUGACAGAAACAAAAGCCUGUGCAUAUAUAGUAAGUACACGUGAAAGACGAAUCUCACACUUGGUGAGUGUGGAUUUUUCUGAAAUUAUACAGGUUUUUUUGGGAAAGAGUAUACUGAUACUCUUCUUUUUUUUUGGGGGGGGGGACGGGGGGUUAAAGUAUACAAAUGUUAUUGAUAUUUGUGCUACCUGUUUGCUUUAUUUAAGAUUACUGCUUUUUGUUGUUCUUUAAGUUUUAAUUGAAGCUCUGAAGAGGUUCUUUGUUCUUUUGAAUUGUUAGAUGUGGAAUAUUUACCUUCAGAUUUUAUGUUUAUUUAAUAUGAUCAUUUAUUACAAUUAGAAAUGUGUAGGAAAUGUGAGGGUUAGUAUCUCUGUUACAUACCUGGUGAAUCUUACGAUCAUGAUACAAUUUUAUUUUGUCACACAUACAAGCUUCUAUAUUUGGUACACUGACAAUACAAAAUGUUGUAUUACCCCGAUAUAACACCUUUUUGCACUGAAUUGAAUAUCAGUGUCAUUUGGCAGUAUAAUACUGUAUAUUGAUUAUUUUUUUGCCGACAUUGUAUGAUUCAAUCUAGUAAAAAUUUGAUCUCUCUAGACCUCUGAAACUUGUUGCCUACACAUAGAUAAGGAGGUGGUAACUAGCUGGCCUCAAGAGGUCUAAACUUAAUUAGAUUGGGUCCGAUUCAAAAUCAUAUCUCAAUUUUCAUUAUGGUUUCUUCCUUAGCAGAUGAAUUGAUAAUGGUAUAUUAUGCACCCAUAUAUUUUCUGUUCAAGAACUUAAGUUCUGUUUAUGUAAACUUGUAGUUAACCUAAAUCACUAGACAAUAGAUAAUGUGAUUUGAUAUACAAACCUUUUUGAUUGUGUGCAAAGUGUUGAUUAUUGUCAUUAUUAAUCUGAUAUUACCCAAUAUAAUACUGCAUGUGAUAUAUCUGUUCUCUUGACAGUUGAUUUCAAUACACAAUUAGUUACUAGUAUAGUCCUAUAUAGUCUCCACCCAUUACGUAUACCCAAAUCAUGUUACAUACAAAUUAAAUAGGGCUGCAACGAUAUAUCGUAUCGUGAUACUUUCUUGUGUAUCGUAUCAAAUUGAUUUUUUGCCAGUUUUAAAAAUCAUACAAAAAAUAUAUUUCAGUAGUAUUUACUAUUAAAGUCUAUGACAAAAUUCAAUAAAAUUCUACACUCAAUCAUUAUGAAGUUGACCAUUUAAGCAGAUAUUUGUAUCGUGAUACGUAUAAUGGUAUUGUAAGCAUCGUAUCGCAAUAUGCAUCAUAUCGUGAGGUAUGAAUAUCGUUGCAGCCUUACCAGUACCUAAACAAAGAGUACAAUAAUGACAAAAAAAAAGUAGGUGAAAUAGAGUGGACAGUACUUAUUUUUUAAUUGUAUUUGUAAGGGAUUGUUUACAUACAUCUUAAAGGUGUGAACAUUAGCUCUGGUACUGUUGUGUCUAUGUACAGUAGAACCCUGUUAUAUGUCGUCUGAACGUUUGUGUCUAUGUACAGUAGAACCCUGUUAUAUGUCGUCUGAACUUUUGGGUCUAUGUACAGUAGAACCCUGUUAUAUGUCGACUGAACGUUUGUGUCUAUGUACAGUAGAACCCUGUUAUAUGUCGUCUGAACGUUUGUGUCUAUGUACAGUAGCUAGAACCUUGUUUAACAAGAAUUUGUGGAUUUUGCUUGUGCACAGUGAAACCGUGCUGGUCUAAAAAAACACAUCGGUUUCUGUGUAAAAACGACACUUUUGUUUGUGUGUACAGUGUAACCUUGUUAGUCUGGAUACUUUGGUUUGUGUGUACAGUGGAACCUUGUU